AUGCAGAUCUUCAUCAAGACGCUCACGGGCAAGAUCAUCACGCUCGACGUCGACCCGCCCGACACGAUCGCCAACGUGAAGCAGAAGAUCGAGGACAAGGAGGGCAUCCCGCCGGACCGGCAGCGCUUGAUCUUCUGUGGCAGGCAGCUCGAGGACGGCCCCACGCUCAUCGACUACAACAUCCAGAAGCAGUCGACGCUCCACCUCGUCCUCCGCCUCGGCGGCCCCCCGCAGAUUUUCGUCAAGACCCUCACGGGCAAGACGAUCACGCUCGACGUCGAGCCGUCCGACACGAUCGGCAACGUGAAGCAGAAGAUCCAGGACAAGGAGGGCAUCCCGUCGGACCAGCAGCGCUUGAUCUUCAAGGGCAAGCAGUUCGAGGACGGUCGCACGCUCAGCGACUGCAGUAUCCUGAAUUACUCGACGCUCCACCUCGUGCUCCGCUUGUUGAAGGAACCCGAGCGCGAACCGGAAUCGGAACCCGAACCUGAGUCUGAGCUCGAGCAGAUCGUCGUCAAGACGCUCACGGGCAAGACCAUCACGCUCGUCGUCGAGCCCAGCGACACGAUCGGCAACGUGAAGCAGAAGAUCCAGGACAAGGAGGGCAUCCCGCCGGACCAGCAGCGCUUGAUCUUCAAGGGCAAGCAGUUCGAGGACGGCCUCACGCUCAGCGACUGCAAUAUCCCAAACAAGUCGACGUUCCACCUCGUGCUCCGCCGCCGGCCGCCUCCGCCUCUUGCCGACCUAAGUUGA